UGAGGAUGAGGAGCCGCAGUAACUCGGGAGUAAGACUGGACGGUUAUGCAAGGCUUGUCCAAGAGACCAUCCUAUGUCACCAGAACCCUGUGACAGGGUUACUGCCAGCCAGUGCCCAGCAGAAGGAUGCAUGGGUGAGGGAUAAUGUUUAUAGUGUCCUAGCUGUGUGGGGACUGGGCAUGGCCUACCGGAAGAAUGCAGACCGAGACGAAGACAAGGCCAAGGCUUAUGAAUUGGAACAGAGUGUGGUGAAACUGAUGCAGGGGCUCUUACAGUGCAUGAUGAGACAGGUGGCCAAGGUGGAGAAGUUCAAACACACCCAGAGUACAAAGGACUGUCUGCAUGCCAAAUACCAUACUCCCACCUGUGCCACAGUGGUAGGAGAUGACCAGUGGGGCCAUCUACAGGUGGAUGCCACCUCUAUUUACCUACUUUUACUGGCACAGAUGACUGCAUCAGGCCUACAAAUCAUCUCAAACCUGGAUGAGGUAGCCUUCAUCCAGAACCUGGUGUUCUACAUAGAGGCUGCCUACAAAGUAGCAGAUUAUGGAAUGUGGGAGCGUGGAGAUAAGACCAACCAAGGCAUUCCUGAACUCAACGGCAGCUCUGUGGGCAUGGCUAAGGCCGCAUUGGAAGCCAUUGAUGAAUUAGAUCUAUUUGGGGCCCAUGGAGGGCCAAAGUCAGUCAUCCAUGUUCUGCCUGAUGAGGUGGAGCACUGUCAGUCCAUCCUGUGCUCCAUGCUGCCGAGGGCCUCUACCUCAAAAGAGAUUGACGCUGGUCUUCUGUCAGUCAUCUCCUUCCCUGCCUUCGCUGUUGAGGAUGCUGACCUGGUGGCGGUCACUAAGUCUCAGAUCAUAAACAAACUACAGGGUCGAUAUGGCUGCUGUCGCUUCAUCAGGGAUGGAUAUUGUUGUCCUAGAGAGGAUCCAACCCGUUUGCACUACGACCCAUCAGAGCUAAAGCUGUUUGAGAAUAUUGAGUGUGAGUGGCCUGUGUUUUGGACAUACCUCAUUCUUGAUGGCAUCUUUACUGGCGACCAAGUCCAGGUGCAGGAGUACCGUGAGGCGCUGGAGGGCAUUCUGAUUAGAGGGAAGAACGGCAUCAGACUCGUGCCUGAACUCUAUGUUGUGCCACAUGAAAAGGUGGAAGAGGAGUACAGCAGUCCUCACACAGUGGAGCGAGUGGCCAUGGGGCAACUGCCUCAUAUGUGGGGACAGUCCCUUUACAUCUUAGGCUGUCUUUUGGCUGAGGGUUUCCUGGCACCAGGAGAGAUAGACCCACUCAACAGAAGAUUCUCUAUGAACUUCAAGCCAGAUGUUGUGGUACAAGUUUGUGUCCUAGCAGAGUCAGAGGAGAUCCAGAAUUUGCUGAGUGACCAGGGGCUCACUGUCCAGACAGUGUUGGGGGUUCUUCCCAUCAAAGUCAUGCCAGCGCGUAUCCUCAGUCAUAUCUAUGUCAAACUGGGUAACUGUAAGAAACUAAAUUUGAGUGGGAGGCCCUACAGACACAUUGGAGUUCUGGGAACAUCCAAGUUCUAUGAGAUCAGAAACCGCAGUUAUACGUUCACCCCACAGUUUUUGGAUCAGCACCAUUUCUACCUGGCACUGGACAACCAGAUGAUUGUGGAGAUGCUGCGUACCGAGCUGGCGUAUCUCUCUUCUUGCUGGAGAAUGACUGGAAGGCCCAUGCUCACCUUCCCCAUUACAAGCAGCAUGUUGGCUGACGAUGGUGAAGGGAUUGAUCCUUGUAUUCUGGCAACCCUAAGAAAACUACAAGAUGGCUACUUUGCAGGCGCCAGGGUGAAGAUGUCAGACCUCUCAAGUUUCCAGACAACUUCCUUUCAUACUCAGCUCAGUUUCCUUGAUGAAGAGACUGAUGAGAGCUUACUGGAUGAGGAAGAGGAGGACCAUGAAGAUGGUGAAGAGGAUGACAACAUAUGUGGAUCGUCAGAGGGCAUGUUUAACCAGUACCUCACCAAGAUGCUUCAUAGUACUACUACAAAUUGCCAUCUCCCUCCCAUCCAGAGGGGGCAGCACCAUGUCUUUAGUGCUGAACAUACCACCAGAGAUAUCCUGUCUCUCAUGGCCCAGGUUCAGGGUCUUAACAUGCCCAAGUCAUCCUUGUAUCUCCCAGUGACACCUGUGAUGAACAAACAUCGCAAAUCUCUAAAUCUACUUGAAGUUCCCCAUCCUUGCAUUUCCAAGUCCCACAGUGCUGCCGAUCUGCACCUGCCCAGAGAUUCCCAGGGGAACACUGACUUUGCAGGGCUUGUUGGACAACUGAGAGAAUGUCCCACCCUGCAGGACCAGGCUGACAUCCUCUACAUUCUCUUUGUCAUGAAAGGAGGUGAUUGGCUGGUUGAGGUGUCAGGUCCUGGCCAGGGUGGAGCUAGUGUACGCUGUCUGCUGGAGGAGUUAUAUGUGCAGGCUGGAGCCUGUAAGGAGUGGGGCCUCAUCCGAUACAUCUCUGGGAUACUACGCAAGAGGGUGGAGGUCCUAGCUGAGGCUUGCACAGAUCUAAUUUCCCAUCACAAGCAGCUGACAGUAGGUCUACCUCCUCAGCCCAGAGAGAGGGUUAUUACUGCGCCACUUCCUCCUGAAGAGCUGAACACGCUCAUUUAUGAAGCCAGCGGUCAGGACAUCAGUAUCGCUGUUCUCACUCAGGAGAUCAUGGUCUAUCUAGCCAUGUACGUGCGUUCCCAGCCCGCUUUAUUUGGGGACAUGCUCAGGCUCAGGAUAGGCCUUAUCAUGCAAGUGAUGGCCACUGAGCUGGCUCGCAGCCUUCACUGCUCUGGUGAGGAGGCCUCCGAGAGCUUGAUGAGCCUGAGUCCGUUUGACAUGAAGAACUUGCUGCACCACAUCCUCAGUGGCAAGGAAUUUGGAGUGGAGAGGAGCAUGCGCCCUAUCCAGUCAAUAACUGCCAGUCCUGCAAUAUCCAUUCAUGAACUGGGACACACCGGAGCCACCAAGACUGAACGCACCGGCAUACGCAAGCUCAAGAGCGAAAUCAAACAGAUCUUUGCCGGCGGUCUUUCUGUCAGUAGCAAUGUCACUUCUCCUCGUUCAACGCGUUGCAGCAGCCCCUCCACCCCCAGUGGUAUCCUGUCCCCAGUGGGUACUGGUCCAGGUGAUGGCCAGCUUCAAUGGGAGGAGAGACAGGGCCAGUGGCUGAGGAGGCGCAGGCUGGAUGGGGCUAUCAACAGAGUACCAAUGGGUUUCUACCAGAAAGUCUGGAAGAUCCUACAAAAGUGCCAUGGCCUGUCCAUCGAUGGCUACGUCUUGCCUUCCUCGACCACCAGAGAGAUGACAAAGGAGGAGAUCAAGUUUGCUGUGCAGGUGGAGACAGUCCUGAACCAUGUCCCUCAACCAGAGUACCGGCAGCUGCUGGUGGAGACUGUUAUGGUUUUGGGUCUGGUGGCUGAAGUGGAUGUGGACAACAUUGGUGCCAUCAUUCACAUAGACCGCAUCCUACACAUGGCCAAUGACCUUUUCUUCCAUGACCAGAAAUCCCACUGUGCCAGCGAUUAUUUUAUGGAGAAGGAUCCAGCCACCGGCAUCUGCAACUUUUUCUACGAUAGCGCCCCCAGUGGCUGCUAUGGCACCAUGACCUAUCUGUCCAAGGCUGUAGUUACUUACAUACAGGACUUCCUACCCAGUUCUAGUUGCCUGAUGCAGUGAGAGACCAGCCUAGCAGAUGUAAUU